GGCCUUGUCCUCCUUUGUGGUGAGGACCUCUGGCCACCCUGAGGACAUGCCCUGGAAAAGGAGGGCCCCUGGUCUCCCUGGAUGGGUUUAACAGAUGGGGUUCUGAGCCCUUUGUGUAUAUGUGGGCAAAAUUUGUACCACCAGAACAAAAGACCCAUUUCAUGGAAGGGCAAAGCAGGGAGGGCAGAACAUAGGAGUCUCUUUUGGAAGCCCUGGAGGUUUCCUGGUCCAGCCUCUUGCAAGGAAAGAAAAUGUAAAGCAGUCCACAGUGGCUGGCAAGCACCCCAAAGUUUGAAUGAACCUGGUUAGAUAGAGUCCAAGCAGGCAAGCCAAAAGACACCUUAAAGUUCAAGCUUCAAGGAAUAAAGAGGGAGGGUGGAAAAAGAUAAAAAGAAAACUGGAAGAGGGGAAGUCCUUUUUCAAGGAAAAGACAAAGCCACAACACCAAGUUAAGGCUUCGGCUUUCCGACAUUUGCUCGAGUUCCAAAGUCAAAGCCAAGUCUGAUUUGGUUGGUUCUACGGCCCUUGUCAAGUCCAUCUAGCAAGCCCUAAAGAGUAAAGGUCAAGACCAAGUGACGUGGAGGGAUCCUGGGAGCCGGUGUGGUGGUCUAAGUGGAGUAGGAUUCUGGGAAACCAGAGUUCGAAUCCCCACUCAGCCAUGGAAAGCCACUGGAUGACGUUGGGCAAGUCACAAUCGCAGAGGAAGCGUCCUUAACAGACAGUCAUGUUUGAAGAUGUUCGUGAUGCAGAAGAUGCUCUUUAUAACCUCAAUAGAAAGUGGGUAUGUGGCCGGCAAAUUGAAAUACAGUUUGCACAAGGUGAUCGCAAAACACCAGGUCAGAUGAAAUCAAAAGAGCAUCGUCAGUGUUCACCGAUGGAUUACAGACGCUCAAGAAGCCGCAGCCGAAGGAGAACACGUAGCAGAAGUUCUUCAUGGGGCUGGAGCAGGAGACACUCUGACAGUUUUAAAGAGUCAAGGCGUAGACGACAUUCUUACAGCCAGUCUAAGUCUCGGUCAAAAUCUCUUCCAAGGCAUUCAAGCUCACCAAGACGAUCAAUCACACCCCAAAGAAAUUCUAGCUCUAGGGGAAGGUCACGAUCAAAGUCCACCCAGAGAAGUUCAAAAUAUGCUGAAAAAUCACCAUCCAGUUCCCAUCGAAGACGUUCCAGUUCAAGAACAAAGUCGCGAUCUCAUCCAAAACAUUCAGGCUCGCCAACUAGAUCUCUGUCUAAAUCUCCACGGAAACAUACUAAUUCCAGUUCUCGUUCAUAUUCUCGGAGUUUCUAUCAGAGAAACAGUAACCAGUCAGUAUCUGAAGAAGAUUAAUGCCUUUGUUUCUUUAAUAACAGUUUUUAUGAGCACAAAAUAAAGAGAACAAAAAUGUCCAAAGCUUAUUUGAAAUGAAAGUUAAUUAACUGACAAAGGCCUUGCUGUGUUGUCCUUUUGGUUUGUGCAAAACUCUUUAAGGUUUCUGUUACUUUUAAAGAAACAUUUAUUUAGUGUAGUCCUACUCUCCUUACACUAAAGAGCCCAAUAGUGCUCAGUCCUAAGAUCGUGAUAAAUGUGCACCAUUUUCUACAGUGCUGUAGUUUUUACUCCUGCAUUAGAAUGCUUUAUUUUUUAAAAUCAGACUGCCAUUAGUUUCUUGAAGCUGCCAGAACCUAAAUACAGUUCAUCUGAGCACUGGCUAGAAGUUGCACAUAUGUCUUGCCCAGGUUUGAGGUGGGGGCAUAUAGCCUGUUUAUCUCUCUUUUAAUUGUUGCAGUAGAAUUAUAGUGCAAGCAAGGUUUAUGCUCUUGAGCUAGGAUUGAGCCUUUUAUUACUGGUUUUAAUACAGACAUAAAUUGUGUAAGGCUGCUGUACUCCAUUUGUUACUUCUGUUGUCUUUGUUUUAGUGCCUAUUUUGUUGUGAUACUGAGAAUAUCAAAGUAAGAUUUGAAGAUUACCAUUGCUAGAUGGUUUUCAAUUAAUUAGGGCUUAAUACUGAAAUGUUACUUCAAAUUAAGGUGGUCUAUGUUUCAGAGUAGAGAGGUUUGUUACCAAGAAAUUUGCAUAACAUAAGAGUGGUCUGAAUCUCACAUUUAUCACACUUUAGUUUAUGAAAAUGUAGUUUAUGUAUUUUUAAAAAGAUGAAAAGUAUCAGUUGCCCUUUCGUCUUCCAUACUAACUAAUCUUAAUUUACAUCAACAUCCUAAUCCAGAGAUAUAUGAGCACAUGAGUAUUUUUGGAUCUCCAUUUCUCCUGCCAAAUUAAGGAUAGAUGGGAGGGCGAUAGAAUGCCUGGAUGUCUUUUUCUUUCUGUAACAAAUAAGAUAUGAGUUGUGUGUGUAGAUUUCUGGAUUGGGCACAGGUCCAGAGAGGAAGUAGGAUGAGGUGGAUUUUAGCUCAGUCUAAACUUGUAGCAGAAUAAGAUACACAUAAAGUAUUUGAAUAAAUUCUAAUGCUUAAUAUGGAUGUUUAUACAGUUGGCCCUCUAUCCACGUAUUCUGCAUACACAGAUUCAACCACCCACAGAUUGAAAAUAUUUUUUUAAAAAAUCCAAACAGCAAACAUUGAUUUUGAUUUUAUAUAAGGGGGACCAUUUUGCUACAGUGUUGUGUGAGACUUGAGCAUCCACGGAUUUUUAUAUCCAUGGGGAGUCCUGGAACCAAACCCCAGUGGUUGUCAAGGGCUCACUGUACAUUUCGAAUGUUCCUUAUGUAAAUAAAAAGAAGCCCAGUUUCCUGAAAAUAGAUUCUUGCCUCUUCAUAUGCUCCUAUUCUAUUUGUAGCAAGUAUUUAAGGUAAGAGAAAACUAAAGUGUGAUUAACUACAUAUUUUCUUGUGAAUAUAGAAACAGUCUGUGUUUCUGUACAGCAGCCUCUUGCACCUAUGGUGUGAAAGAUGGUCUCACUGUCAGCUAGUGGAUCAACAAUAGUGCGUAUGAGUAGGCAAGUCAAAUAUGCAUUGGAUAUUUUAAUAAAUAUAUAAUUGGUUAUAUACAGUCAUUUUUUUCAUACUGUAAUAUAAGUUGUUAAGCACAUGUUUUUCAUGUAUGUUGGAAUGUUUUUGUGACACACUCUUAAACCAUUAACUUUAUAGUGUAACACUUUCAUUUUAUUAUAUUCUAUAUUUUCAAUAAUGUUACUGUGUUAGAAGAGCAAUGUAAAAAAACCUUCUUCAUGCAAUUUUAAAAUUCUUUAUGCCUAGAAUUAUUUAACAGUUGAACAGCUGAGUCUUACUCAUUAUUAGGUUGUUUUAACUCAAGUAACAGAGGAAAUUCUGAAAAUAUUUUGUAUUUUACAGUAUAUUACUUUUGCAUUGUGUACUAAUGUUUGUGUUUAAAUGUAUGGUGGCUAUAAUGUCUGUUACAUUGUACAAGUACUGCAUUGUAGCACAUUACUAUAGUGGCAGUAAAAUGAGAUUUCAUUUCAUAAGCAAGUAUACAGUUUUGUGUUCAAAGUAGUACUAUUAUUAUUAUUUUGUAACUUAAUUUUUUUCAAUAAAAUACCUGAAGUUUCUUUUGA